CGCAGUGUUUGCAUAAACAUAUUAUUUUCUAUUUCUCCCUCUUUAUUGAACAUUCUCUCAACAAUUUCAUCGUGUCGUCAUAACAUUCAUCGUAUCGAGUUUCUUUAAGUUUUUUACACACAUUUUACUGUAUGAAAUCAAAAGUUCCAUUUUUUAAAGCACUUAAUUUGAAUUUGUAAAAUUUAAAACUGUAUACAUUUUCUGUUUAAAAUAGUAAAAAUAAGUCCAUUUAUUUUAGAACAAUUAUUUUGUUUUUAUUCAUAGGUAACGAUCACGGAUUUUUGAAUUAAAAUGAAUCCUAAAGUCAAUGAGGAUCUGCGGAAAGAACGCCUAAAGUGUACAUUUAACACAGAGGAACUUACACAUUUUUUGGAUGGAGAUGCUAAUAAAACACUUAGUAGAAGAAAACUUGAAUCCUUUUUUCUGUCCGAUCUGAAUUUGAAAGAUAAAAUUCCUAUGGAAUACCUAAGUCACAAAGAACGUUAUGAAGAAGCUGUGCGUAAAAGUUGUAUUUUAUUCAAAAAAGUCAAUGAAUGGCAACAAAGUGGUGAUAGUGGUAGCAAUUCGAUGGAGGUUUAUAAGUCACUUCUAGGUGGAUCAGUGGGUAGUGCAAUAAUUAAAGAUGGUUCUCCUUUUGCAGUACAUUAUGUCAUGUUUAUACCAACAAUUAUGGGUCAGGGCACCUUGGAGCAACAAGGAGAAUGGGUUGGUCGAGCUUUUAGCAAUCAGAUUAUAGGCACUUAUGCUCAGACUGAACUCGGUCAUGGAACAUUUAUUCGAGGCUUAGAAACAAUUUGUACUUAUGAUCCAGCUACAGAAGAAUUUGUUUUGAAUAGUCCUACAUUAACAUCGUAUAAAUGGUGGCCCGGUGGACUUGGACAUACCUGUAACUAUGCAGUUGUAAUAGCUCAACUUUACACCCAAGGAAAAUGUCAUGGAAUCCACCCAUUUAUAGUUCAACUCAGAGACGAGGAAACAUGGAACCCUAUGCCUGGCAUAAAAAUUGGUGAAAUUGGUGGCAAAUUAGGUAUGAACUCAACUAAUAAUGGAUAUUUAGCAUUCGAUAAUGUGAGAAUACCCAGAAUGAAUAUGUUGAUGAAAAAUGCCCAAGUUUUGAAGGAUGGUACUUAUAAAAAGUCAGUGAACGAUAAACUAACUUACGGUACCAUGAUUUUUGUACGUGUAGUUAUUGUUAGAGAUUUAGUAUCAAAUUAUAUAUCAAAAGCUGCAAUAAUUGCAACUAGAUAUAGCUGUGUCAGAAGGCAAUCAGAACUCAAACCAGGUGCUGGUGAACCCCAAAUUUUAGAUUACCAAACACAACAGUAUAAAAUUUUCCCAGCUAUUGCCAUUAGCUUAGCAUACAAAUUUGCUGCAUCAUGGCUUUGGGAUGUGUACAAUGAUGUUACUUCACAAUUAGAACAAGGAGAUUUAGAACGAUUACCUGAGUUACAUGCAAUGGCUUGCUGUUUAAAAGCUGUUAGUACAGCUGAUGCUGCUGUUGCAGUAACAACAUGCCGUUUAGCUUGCGGAGGUCAUGGAUAUAUGAAUUGUAGUAAUUUCCCAAAUAUGUACGCAAUGGCAUCUGCUGCUGAAACAUAUGAAGGAGAAAACACAGUGCUACUUUUACAAACAGCUAGGUAUUUGAUGAAAGCCUGUCAAGAUGCAAAAUCUGGACUAAAAUUAACUGAAACUGUAUUGUAUUUAAGUAAUUUCAAAAGCUUAAGACGUAGGAACUGGAUCACAGAUUUGGAUUGUAUUGGCAACGCAUUCUUACAAGUUGCUGGAAGUAAAAUUGAGAAUUGUUACUUUGCUAUUAAUCAACUAAUCAAUUCUGGGAUGUCUCAAGAAGAUGCUUGGAAUGAAACCACUAUAAAAUUAUCGAAAGCAACAGAAGCACAUUGUAGAGCAUUUGUAAUACAGAGUUUUAUUACAACAGUUAAAACAGUACAUUUGUCUUCAGAAUUAAUGAAAGUACUAACAGAGCUAUGUAAAUUAGUAUGUGCUCACUGGAUGCUUAAUCAGAUGGGUGAUUUUCUUCAAUAUUCAAAUCUAAAACCAAGUGAUGUUCCUUCCAUACAGUCUCUGUUAGAAGAAUGUUUGAAACAAAUUAGACCCAAUGCAGUUGGUUUGGUCGAUAGUUUUGAUGUUCGAGAUGAAAUACUGGGAUCGGCUUUAGGAGUUUACGAUGGAAAUGUCUACGAGCGUCUAAUAGAAGACGCAAAUAAAAGUCCAUUAAAUCAAGAGCCUGUCAACGAAUCUUUUCAUAAGUAUUUAAAACCUUAUUUAAAAUCAAAUUUAUAAGCAUAAAUAUCAAAAUUCAUCAUAGUACUCAUUUACCUAAGAAAAUUCAAAAUUUGUGACAAAUCAAACAUUUUAAUGCAAUACUAAUAUUGUUAUCUAGAUUCUGUUAUUACGAUGUUGUUAUGUAGUAAAGGUUAAUUGUGUAAGUGGGUGGCUAUAGUUUAGGUGAAUUUUUAAAUGAUUAAAUUAAAUGAGUUUUAUUUUAUUAUUUUUAUAUUAUUACUAUUAUGUAUUAUAUAUAUAUGUAUAUUUAUAAAUUAUAAUUAUAUUAUGGUGAAUAUUGUAUACAACUGAAUCGAAAUGUAAAUGGAUUUGCCAAAUUAUCCUUUAUUGUUUAUUAGUUUUUUUUAUACUUUAUACAUUUUUUUGAAAAUAAAUUAAAUCGAUUGCAAUA